AUGUCAUUUCCAUAAACCUCUGGUAAAAUAAUAAUGGAUACAUCACAUGGAGAAUUGGAGAUAGAAUUAUGGUGUAAAGAAGUGCCUAAGGGUUGCAAAAACUUUAUUUAAUUAUGUCUAAAUGGAUAUUAUGAUAAUUGUUCCUUUCAUAGAAUGUUUCCAAAUUUUAUGAUUCAAGGUGGAGAUCCAACAGGAACAGGAGAAGGAGGGAAAUCAAUAUAUGGUUAACCAUUUUAAGAUGAAUUUCAUUCUAGACUUACAUUUAGUACAAGAGGGAUAUUAGCAUAUAGUAAUGAAGGUCCUAAUACAAAUGAAUCGUAAUUUUUCAUAACUUUUGAACCAUGUUCUUGGUUAGAUAAAAGACAUACUAUAUUUGGUAUGGUUGUAGGUCAAACAAGAUAUAAUUUAAUGGCUAUGAAUGAAGUAGACACAGAUGAAAAGGAUUAACCAAUUACACCAAUUUUUAUUAAAAGUACAUAAGUUAUUAUAGAUCCAUUUAAUCUAACGAUUACUGAAAUUAAGGAUUAAUCGCCAGAAAAAGAAAUUUAUUAAGAAUAAUAGAAAGUAUAAUAGAAACAAAUUUAAAAACCAAAAUAAAAGUAAAAAAAUAUAAAUGUUUUAUCAUUUGGUGAUGAAGAAGAAAUUGAUGAAUAACCAAAUAAAAUUUUUAAUAGCCAUGAUGUUUUAAAUGAUCCUAAAUUAAAAAAAGAGUAGGCUAUUUCUCAAGAAGAAUUAGAGUAUUCUAUUUUAUUUAUCAUUAUAGGUAAAAAAAACAAAAAAAAUUAUAAGAAGAAAAUAAAAUUCUGUAAUUAAAACAAUAAAUUACAUCACAUAAUAAUAAUUAAAUCUAAAAAGAAUAAUAAAUAAAUCAUAUAAAUAGAAAUAUUUAAAUGGAUGAAAAGUUUUUAGAAAACAUAUCAUUAGAAGAUAAAUAAUUAUUAAAUUACAAAAUAAAAAAGAAUUAAAAAGGAGAAGUAGAAUAUAUUUUUAAUCAAUCAGAUUCAAAAUCAUCAGAGUCUGAAUCCUCAGAGAUUGAGAAUGAAGAGUUAAGACUUUAGAGAGAAAAGUAAUUGGAAGAGUAUGAAAAGUUAAAGGCAGACUUUUUGUAAUUUAAAGUGAAUAAAUUUGGGUCUAAUAAUCCAAUGAUUAGAGAUAGAUUACAGCAUGAAAAAAUGUUAUUGUCUACAGUAGAAUAAAGAAGAGCGCGGUUUAUUCAAAAUAUGAAAGAAUAAACACAUAAUGAAGCAUUUGAAGACAAAGUAAGAAAAUUUUAGGAUAGAAUUAAAGAUGAAAAAAUUGUUAAUGAUAAAUAUCAUUGGCUAAAUCAUAAAUUAAAAUUUCAUGUUGAUUCUGCUAAUGCUUAUAAAGUUGUAGAAACUAAAUAAUAGGUUUCUGAUUUUCAUUCAUCUGAAAUUGUUAAUGAAGAUACAUAUAAAGGAAAAAAAGAAAAAAAAAAUAUAGAUAAACUUUUAAAAUUAAGUGAAUUGUGA